AUGCGGUUGGCCUGGUACGCGGGGGCUUCAACGGCCCUCGCCGUGUCGGUCGUCCUAUCCGCCUUCCACCAGCGUGCCAACUUCUACUCUGCCAUGGUUUACCUCUCCCAGAGCAACUUUUGUUUGCUGGCUCUUAUCAACUUCAUUUACAUCCUCUACGGUGCAUUCAUGUUCGGUCUCCAACGACUCUGCUUUGGCCGUCUCCGAGCCGUCGAAGUCGACCAGUUAUCCGAUCGUGCCUGGGUCGCCAUCACCGAAACCUGUCUAGCGAUGACGAUUUUCCGGGAAGAGAUAGGAGCUUGGUUCCUGGUGAUGUUCACCGGUCUCGUGACUGGUAAGGUCUGGAGCUGGAUAGGAGAUGGCCGCCUUGAAAUCUUGGAACAGCAACCGCCCGCGAACCCCCGACUCUUCCACACCCGUUUGACCGUAUCGCUUUUGAUGAGCACGUUUUACGACGUGUGGAUGCUUCGGUAUUGCGUUAAUACCGUCAUCCAACAGGCCCGUCCCAAUAUGAUGGUUAUGUUCCUCUUCGAAUUUGCGGUGCUGACGGCGUCCUCCCUACGAACGAAUGCCCGCUACAUUCUCGCCCUAGUCGAUGCGAGGAUUGUGGCGAAACAGACGAAGACGAGGCUCGCCGAGCGCCGUAAAGAGCUUCAGGAGCAGAGGGACGAAAUGUUGCGUCAGCGGCGGGAGGCCGAAGCCGAGGGCAGAGAGCAGACAAUCUCGGAGCAUGAUAUCCCUAAUCCUGAUGAUAUUGACGAGAUGGAUAUUGAGGUUCCUGGCUGGGAGUCCAAGGGUCAAUGGAUUUUAUCUCUUGAGCUCUUCACGGACUUUGUCAAGCUUGCCAUUUACAUGGCCUUCUUCACUGUCCUUCUGAUGUUCUACGGCCUGCCGGUUCACAUUAUGCGUGAUGUCUACCUUACCGCCAGCGCCUUCUUCAAGAGACUCUCUGCAUUACUGAAAUACCGCCGAGCCAUCCAAAGCAUGAACAAGUAUCCCGAUGCCACCGCCGAGGAUCUUAAUCGGGAAGAUACUUGUAUAAUCUGCCGCGAGGAAAUGCGGCCUUGGGAGCCGAUCCCUGGAGCUGUCGAACGGACGCGACCCAAGAAGCUACCUUGUGGCCAUAUCCUACACUUUGGAUGUCUUCGGAGCUGGCUGGAGCGACAGCAAGUAUGUCCCACUUGCAGGAGUCCAGUCGUUGACGGCCAACCUACGAACCAAAAUCGACGCCCUCGUGUUGCCCCGGCUGCACAACCCCAACAGCAACAGCAGCAGAAUCAGGGACAGCAGCCGAAUGACCAACAAGGCCAGGUGCCUGCACCUUUCCAGAGGCAACCGAUACCCGGCGGUGACGGCGGUGUGCAGGACAACAACCAGGCUGAUGGCGGCGCUCAAAACGAGCCUCAGCCGGCAGCUCCGCGACACCGCGUGUUCAGCUUUGGACCAUUUAGGUUGGAGAUCAUCAGACAAGAGCUGCGGAACAGGCAGGAUCUCGAUGCUUUCUUAGAUGGGAAUAUUCCGGGUGGUGGUCGUCCUGCCGCUACUGAGGAUGGCGCUCCCACUCCCACUCCUACGACUAACGUACAACCUUCGUCUCCGACCAAUACCAUUUUGUCUUCCAGCUUCGACAACCUUGUCAACCGGGAGUUGGCAUCGCUCCAAACCCUCCAGAACAUACAGCAUGAGCUCCAAACUGCCCAGCUCCUGCUCGCCGAACUCAUCCGUCUCCGCCAUCUCCGCGCCUCUACCGAAAAUCUCCCCGUCCCGAAUCCGACCAUCUCCACCCCUCAUUAUACCCAACCAAACACGCCUUCCUCCCAAGUGCCGCCCCCUAUUCAGCACUCUCGAACACCACCCCCUCCCCCUGCUAUUCCGCCUCACACAUUCCCUCAGUACCAUCCUCCCUCCUUUCCUCAUCUUGCGUCGUACCCUUACCGCGCUAGUAGCUCGAUGUCGAGAUACGCAGCGCCACCUAACACUACUGCCAUUCCCGCCGGUAGCACAGAGCUGCCUGAGGGUGUUGUCCUGCCUCCGGGUUGGUCACUACUACCCCUUCAGCGGAUGGAGAACCUCCCCGCCAUACCCCACACGGCGACGCCGCCUCCUCAACAACAACAUCAACAACAGACCGAAGCCACGGCGGGCUCUUCUAGCCAGACUUAUGCGUCUGGUUCAAGCUCUGCAGUCCCGUCUCACCCUGGAAUUAAUGGUUCCGCCGCGCCUCAUCAUCAACAAAAUGAUGUGCCGAGGGCUGGUGUAGCUUACCCUCGUCCACAACCGCCAGCGGCAACUGCGGCCGCAGCUCUGGCGGCAGCAGCGGCGGCGGCUGCUUCGACAGUCCCCGUGUCUCCUCAGCCUCAUGCUGAGGAAGACGACGAGCAUCAGACCCCCGUCCUGGCGCCGAAUCCGGUGAUGCCCAACUGGGGUGGUUCCUCGCAGCUUUUUGCCAACCAGGCGCGGUUGUCGUCGAACUCGACACCAGAUAUUCCCGAGGCGGAAGAGGAAGAGGAGGAGGCGGAAGAGGAAGAGGAGGAGGAGGAGGAGGAAGAGAAAGAGGAGCGAGAGGAACGAGAACAGGAGCACAAGGAGAGUCCUACCACUUCUGUGCCCAACGGAGACGAGGAUCUAGCUGGAUCGAGCACCAACGGAACCGCCGAUAGAAACGGAAACGGAAAAGGGAAAAGCGUGAUGGUGGAAGACGGAUCCGAGGAAGAAUGA